AUGACCCUGCCGGUGGAUGGUUCGCGUUCCCAGCUCAACGUACAUCUUCGCGGCCAUCUAAGUCCACCCCACAACGAGCUGGCGCGCGCUCCGCUCGUGCCCCCGCUCCCCCAAAUUCCGGUCGCUGGGCGUUUGAGGCAUUUUGUGCAAGCCUGGUCGGCAAUCACGUCAGACCCGUGGGUCUUGGAUGCGGUGCGGGGCCUGAAGCUGGAUCUCGUGGCCGAUCCCGCACAAAGAACGGAGCCCAGGGAAUUAUCUCUGGAGGAGGACAGAGCGCUCGCUGUGCGGCUCGAAGUGGACGAAUUGAUGCUGAAAGGGGCUGUCACUCGAGUGCAGGAGUGUGCUCAUCAAUUCGUCAGCCAGAUUUUCACCAUUCCAAAGAAGGAUUCCGGCAAGGAGCGUCCCGUGGUGAAUUUGAAAGCGCUGAACGGGUUCGUGCGCUACGAGCACUUCAAGAUGGAAGGAUUGAAGCUGCUGCCCGAUCUCCUUCAGCCCGACGACUGGCUGGUGAAAUUGGACCUGAAGGAUGCUUAUUUCGUGGUGCCAAUCCACCACGAUUUCAGGAGACUGCUCCGAUUUCGGUGGUCAGGUCAGCUGUUCCAAUUUCAGUGCUUGCCUUUCGGCCUGAGCAGCGCGCCAAGGGUGUUCACCAAGCUCAUGAAGGUUCCGAUGGCGAUUCUGCGCAGCCAAGGCGUGCGCUUGAUUAUCUAUCUGGACGACCUGCUGAUUAUGGCAUCGUCGGCGGUGGAAGCACUGGAGCACUUGCGCCGGGCAAUUCAGUUGUUACAUCAACUGGGAUUUCUCAUCAACUUCAAGAAGUCGGUGUUGACUCCUGCCCAGAACAUCUCAUUCUUGGGCUUCGAAGUGGACUCUCGUGCCAUGGAGAUGCGGGUGCCUCCGGAGAAGAUCCGGAAGCUUCGCCAGGAGUGCACCAAGCUUCUGCUGCAGCCACGGGUGACUGUUCGCACGUUAGCCUGUCUGUUGGGGCGCUUGACAUCCCUUUCUCCGGGUCUGCUAACAGCGCCGCUCCGUUACCGGCAUCUGCAGGAGCUCAAGAUCCUAGCUCUUCGCGAGUCCCAGUCUUACGAGGCGACCGUCCAGUGGACACCCGAUGCCAGGCUGGAUUUACAGUGGUGGAAAGAGCGACUGUCCGACUGGAACGGGAAGUCAUUGGUUCGCCCACCCUGCAAUCUGGUGGUGUUCUCGGAUGCCUCCCUCGAUGACUGGGGAGCAGUGUGCAGGGAUCAACAGGUGGGCGGCCGGUGGACUCGGGCAGAGCGUUCCAUGCACAUCAAUGCCCUCGAGUUGACAGCGGCGUUUCUGGCACUUCAGGCCUUCCACCGGGUGGCGUUGGACCGUCCGCUUCAUGUUCGCCUGUUUGUGGACAAUACCACUUGCCAGGCUUACCUCAACAAGAUGGGCGGCACACAUGCCCCGCACUUGUCCCAGCUGGCCUGCCAGGUGUGGGAGUGGUGUCUGGAACGUGGCAUCACAGUUCAAGCCGAGUACAUACCGUCGGCGGAGAACCCGGCCGAUGCCCCGUCCCGUCAGGGGGUCGAUUCGAGCGACUGGAUGCUCGAUCCAGUAGUGUUCCGGGGCCUUUGCCAACACUUCCAGGUGCAGCCGGCGAUCGACCUGUUUGCGUCACGGACCAAUGCCCAGUUGGACAGCUUUGUGUCCUGGGGGCCUCAACCCGGAGCACUGGAUGUGGAUGCUCUUGCCAUAUCAUGGGCCGAUCAAUGCCUGUAUGCGUUUCCACCCUUUGCUCUCUUGCCGAGGGUUCUGCACAAAGUGCGCCAGUCCCCGGGGUGCAGAGUGUUGCUGGUGGCACCAGUGUGGGAUGCGCAGCCAUGGUAUCCGCUCCUGCUCCAUCUUCUGGUAGCAUGUCCAGUUCUAUUACCGGGCCAUCCAGCGCUCCUCACCUCACCGCUGGAUCAACCUCAUCCCAUGGUGCUGGUCGGUCAUCUCCAACUAGCCGGCUGGCUCAUCUCUCCCGAUCCUAUGCGGCGGCAGGCCUUUCAUCAGGCACUAUUGCCCUCAUCCUGGGAUCAUGGCGGGACUCCACCAACUCGGCCUAUUCGUCAGCAUGGACAGCUUGGCACAGUUGGUGUUCUGAACGGCGGAUUGAUUCCUUUCAGCCGCCUGUGUCACAAGUAUUGCAGUUUCUAA